AUGGCAUAUGAUCGUAUAUAUAGUCAGCGUACAAAUCGAGAAGAAAAUAGCUUUGGACAAGAUGAGGGGAAUGCAGGUCUGAGUUGUUUACUCCCCUACCUCUCCUCAGACAAACAGCCAUCCAAUUCGACCAACCCUACCACCAGUACGCAGUCCCAAAACCAGUCAAGAGCACCAGCACCUACGCCCAUCCAGCGGACCCCUACUAGGCUCCAGCCGCAACUACCUCAGUCGAACUGCUCUCCUCAACCUCUCCAAGCGACAGCCACUACAACCACCAUCUCCUCGACCCCAAUCCAACGACCCACAUAUGCCUCCGUCCUCCAGCAACCCACCACGUCUACACCGCAGCCGACACCCACAUCUCACCAAUCCGUCCCUCCGAAAACCACACUCACAAUCGAAGAUCUUCACCGUCGUUUUCACAGUAAACCGACACCAUUUGAGCUCGAGAAAAGGAAAACGAAAAGUCCAAAGACCGCAUUAGCCGCACAGUGA